CCAUUUCUUUACGUCAAAGACAAACACGAUUUUGACUCAAGUCUUAUUUCAGAAGAAACGACGACUUCCUGGGCGUCGUCCCUUCCGACCUGUGCACCUCUUAAUCUUAUAUGUGAAGUGUCACAUAUCAAAAGACAGAGUCACCCGCACACCACAGCCAAAGACAAAUCUAUAACCAGAUGAUUUGCUGAAUUUUACGCACAGUCAGCACACCUCGGAAGGAGUCCUCUGUCAGGACACACAGGUUCUUUACUGCUCCUUUUGACAAAGCAAACACGCCCUCCUCCUCCUGCACCUCCCCUUCUACCACAUAAAAUCAUAAAGACGCUCCAUACAGCAGCUCAUUCCCACAUCCACCCGGUCCGUCUGAGGUUCUGCUCCUCCUUCUCCUCUGUGAUUCAUCUUCCACACUGUGAGUUCACUUCUUCCAGUCCAGGUUCGCGCACCUUCUUGUGAGUUUCUGGACUUUGAUAUAUAUCCGAGCCAUCAUGGUUUCCCAUAAGGAGUUUGAAGUUGCAGGGAAGCAACCAGGGCUACAGGUGUGGCGUAUCGAGAACAUGGACCUGAAGCCGGUUCCCAAGAGCCUGUAUGGCAGCUUUUACACUGGGGACGCCUACCUGCUGCUCUUCACCACUCCAGCACCUUCAUACAACAUACACAUGUGGCUGGGGAAUGAAUGUUCACAGGAUGAGAGUGGAGCGGCAGCCAUCUUUUCCACACAGCUGGACGACUUCCUGGGUGGUUCACCAGUGCAGUUCAGGGAGGUGCAGGGCUAUGAAUCCAACACCUUUCUGGGAUACUUCAAAUCAGGCAUCAAAUACCAGAAAGGGGGCGUGGCCUCAGGUUUUCAUCAUGUGGUGACCAAUGAAAUGAACGUGAAGCGCCUGCUGCACAUCAAGGGUCGGAGGGCCAUCAGAGCCACAGAGGUGGACAUGUCCUGGACCAGCUUCAACAAGGGAGACUGCUUCAUCAUUGACCUGGGACAGAAUAUCUACCAGUGGUGUGGCUCUGAAUGUAAUCAUUUUGAGAAGCUGAAAGUCGCUGAUGUCGCCAUCGACAUCAGAGAUAAAGAGAGAAAUGGCAGAGCUAAGCUGCACCUGGUGGAUGAGGGGAGGGAGCCGAUGGCUGUAAUAGAGGCUCUGGGACCUAUACCUGAAAUUGCCCCCAGCAUUCCUGAUGACGAGAAGGUGGAAACCAGGAACAGGGAGAAGGGCGCCCUCUACAUGAUCUCUGAUGCAUCUGGUACAAUGAAGAUGACAGUUGUGGCUCCAUCCAGUCCGUUCAAACAGGCCAUGUUGUCUCCCGAGGAGUGCUACAUCCUGGACAAUGGGGUGGACAAAAACAUCUUUGUGUGGAAAGGUCCAAAGGCCAACACAUCAGAGCGUAAAGCUGCCAUGUCUGCAGGUCAGCAGUUCAUCAAAGACAAGGGAUACUCCAAUAAGACACUGAUCCAGGUGAUUCCUGCAGGAGCCGAACCGACUCUGUUUAAACAGUUCUUCAGUGACUGGAAGAACAAGGACGAGACUACAGGCCCCAGUAAGCCCUUCACCAUUGGCCACAUAGCCAAAGUGAAACAGGUGCCGUUCGAUGCCUCCACCUUGCACUCGAACACAGCCAUGGCAGCCCAGCAUGGCAUGGUGGAUGAUGGCAAGGGCAAGGUCAAGAUCUGGCGUGUGGAGAAUGGUGAAAAGGUGCCAGUGGAUCCGUCCACCUACGGUCAUUUCUAUGGAGGAGACUGUUACCUCAUCCUCUAUAGCUACAGACAGGGAGGCCGCGAGCAACACAUCAUAUACACCUGGCAGGGACUGAAGUGCACACAGGAUGAACUGGCAGCUUCAGCAUUCCUCACAGUGAAGCUGGAUGACUCAAUGGGAGGAUCCCCAGUCCAGGUGAGAGUGACUCAGGGUCAGGAGCCUUCACAUCUGAUGAGCCUCUUCCAUGGCAAACCUAUGAUCAUCCACCUUGGAGGAACGUCACGCAAAGGCGGACAUUCGAAGGCCAGCGCUACUCGUCUCUUCCACAUCCGACAGAGCUCUUCCAAUGCUACCCGGGCUGUGGAGGUUGAUGCCACCGCCUCCAAACUGAACACCAAUGAUGUGUUUGUGCUGAAAACCCCGAAUGCUGUGUUUGUGUGGCGGGGCAUGGGUGCCAGUGAUGAGGAGAUGGAUGCUGCCAAAUAUGUGGUGGGCGUCCUGGGUGGCAAUCCCACCACUGUGCCAGAGGGCAAGGAGACUGCUGAGUUCUGGUCUGCUUUGGGUGGCAAGAAGGAAUACCAGACCUCCAAGAGUCUGCAGAGGAUGGUCAAACUCCCACGUCUUUUUGGCUGCUCCGACAAAACUGGGAGACUCAUUGCUGAAGAAGUACCAGGAGACUUCACUCAGUCAGAUCUGGCCAUGGAUGAUGUCAUGAUCCUAGAUACCGGCGACCAGAUCUUCCUUUGGGUUGGUAAUGAUGCUAAUGACAAGGAAAAGGCUGGAGCUCCCAAAAUAGCAAAAGACUACGUAAACUCAGACCCAUCUGGCCGUAGAGGACUCCCCAUCACCACCAUCAAACAGGGAGCAGAGCCUCCAACUUUCACUGGUUGGUUUCACGCUUGGGAUCCCAAAAUGUGGGAUAAAGAUCCAUUGGACAGAAUCCGUGCCCGUUUCUGAACACAGAACUCCAGGCUCUUUCUCAAUCUUUGUUUGACUCCUUAGUGAUUCAGCACGGUGUAUCACUGUCUUAUUUUAAUUACCUCCAAUCCUUAAGUGCCAAAACCAAUGUUAUCACUGUUAAUCAGGUUGAAUGGCUGUGCUUUGGUGAAGGUACAGUGCACUGGGCUCCGUGAACAGGGAUCCAUCACAUCCUCAUGUAACUGUCUUUAAUUGAAGAAAGUGGUUUAUUGAUCAUUUGCAUCCAUCAGAUUGUCACCUUCACAUCUUCUUCAGGCCCUAAUGAGAAUGGGAACUAGGAAGGGAUGCCAUUUUAAACAGCUGGAGAUAGCAUCUGUUUCUCUCUGCUCUCUUUCACUGCAGCACGCUUGUGUUCAGAGGACAGUCAUGCUUUCCUUUCUGUCUGUCUUAACAUUUGUUUUUCAUAAUGGGCAUGUUGGACAGAAACAGUUUACAUCAUUACUACCCUCUACAUGUGUUGUGUUUUAUCAUUGGUAUGGGAAUGUUGCGCACUUACUAGAAAUUGCAUGCUGCAUUUUAUUUUUUUUAAUCAUAUUCGGUGCUUGUGAAUGUUAAAAGGCAUACAAUGGUAUGUACAUGUCAGUUAUGUCAGCUAGUUAAUGCUCAAAUGGAUAACCUUUAAAUAAAAAUCCAAGUGUUUCAAUACUGUGCUUUGCUUUUUCUUUUUUUUUUACAUUUUCAAGGCUGAGUAAAUGAAUCAGAUUGAUCCUAAUUGUA